AUGAGAGCGGCGGUCCGCACGAGGCGGCCACGGCCGCCACGGCCACCGCCGGAGCUGGCCAAGGCGCCGAUUUCGCCGACGACGCGGAGUAAGCCGGAGAAAGACCUCUCUUUUUUAACCCUCCCGAUAAGGGCGUUCAAGCUCCGCCUGGCUAAUGGUCCACCGCUGGCGCCGACGGCGAAGGCCUUCAAGUCCUACUCCGAGACCUGCGCCUCCCUCCUCCGCCUCUGCCGCGCUACGAGAGCCGCCUCCACCGCCACGCUCGCUUACGCGCCCUCCUCCGGUUGCCUGCCGCUUGUCCUCUCCCUACACGCGCACACCCUCCGCUCUGGCCUCACUGCCGACCGAUCCGUCGCAUCGAACCUUCUCACAGCCUACGCCUCCUUCGCGCGCGCCACGGACCGUGACCGGGCCUUCCGAGACUUCGUUGCCGCCGAUGCAGCAUCCUCCUUCACUUACGACUUCAUGGUGUCAGAGCAUGUGAAGGCCGGGGACAUUGCCUCUGCCCGCAGGCUAUUCGACGGAAUGCCCGAGAAGAGUAUCGUGUCGUACACAACCAUGGUCGACGCGCUCAUGAAGCAUGGGUCUGUGAGGGACGCUGUUGAGCUCUAUGAACGAUGCCCGCUCCACUCGGUUGCCUUCUUCACAGCCAUGAUUGCUGGGUUUGUCCGCAAUGAACUCCAGAGGAAUGCAUUCCCUGUGUUUCGCAAGAUGCUAAGCUGCAGUGUGAGACCUAAUGUGGUUACUCUGAUUUGUGUGAUCAAGGCCUGUGUUGGAGCAGGUGAAUUUGAUCUUGCUAUGGGUGCGGUGGGAUUGGCAAUCAAAUGCAACUUGUUUGAAAAGAGUAUUGAGGUACACAAUUCUUUGAUCACUCUGUAUCUAAGAAUGGGAGAUGCAGCUGCGGCACACAGGGUGUUUGAUGACAUGGAGGUGAGGGAUGUCGUCUCAUGGACCGCAUUACUUGAUGUGUAUGCUGACUUGGGUGACCUCGAGGGAGCACGGCAGGUUCUUGAUGCAAUGCCUGAGAGGAACGAGGUCUCCUGGGGUACUUUGAUUGCAAGGCAUGAGCAGAAAGGUGAUCCUGCAGAAGCAUUGAGGCUUUACAGCCAAAUGCUUGCUGACGGUUGCAGGCCAAACAUUUCAUGCUUCUCUAGUGUGCUCAGUGCUUGUGCUACCCUUCAAGAUUUAAGAGGAGGAACAAGGAUACAUGCCAAUGCACUGAAGAUGGGCUCUAGUACCAAUUUGUUUGUAUCCAGCUCUUUGAUUGACAUGUACUGCAAAUGCAAACAAUGUACUGACGCUCAAAGGGUUUUCAAUUCCCUCCCAGAAAAGAACACAGUAUGCUGGAACUCUCUUAUUUCAGGUUAUAGCUGGAAUGGGAAAAUGGUGGAAGCAGAGGAUCUCUUCAAGAAGAUGCCUGCAAGGAAUUCAGCUUCAUGGAAUGCAAUGAUUUCUGGUUAUGCAGAAAAUCGACGAUUUGGUGAUGCACUAAAUUAUUUCUGUGCAAUGUUGGCUUCAGGACAGAUUCCAGGGGAAAUCACCUUGUCAAGUGUUCUUCUUGCAUGUGCAAACUUGUGCUCUUUGGAGAUGGGCAAGAUGGUUCACGCUGAGAUUGUCAAGCUUGGAAUCGAAGAUAACAUCUUUAUGGGGACUGCACUCAGUGACAUGUAUGCCAAGUCAGGGGAUUUGGACAGCUCCAGGAGGAUGUUCUAUCAAAUGCCUGAAAAAAACAAUAUCACUUGGACUGCCAUGGUUCAGGGACUUGCAGAAAACGGCUUUGCUGAAGAGUCUAUUUUGUUGUUUGAGGAUAUGAUAGCAAAUGGAAUAGCACCAAACGAGCAUACAUUUCUAGCUAUUCUAUUUGCUUGUUCCCACUGUGGUUUGGUGGAGCAAGCCAUACAUUAUUUUGAAACAAUGCAGGUACAUGGUGUCCCACCUAAAGAUAAACACUACACUUGCAUGGUUGAUGUCCUAGCUAGAGCUGGCCGUUUGCCAGAAGCAGAAGAGCUUCUCAUGAAGGUUCCAAGUAAAUCAGACACAAGUUCAUGGUCAUCUCUUCUGAGUGCUUGCAACACUUACAGGAACAAGGAGAUCGGUGAGAGGGCAGCAAAGAAACUUCAUGAGUUGGAGAAGGAUAAUACAGCAGGCUAUGUGCUACUCUCAAACAUGUAUGCAUCGUGUGGUAAAUGGAAAGAUGCUGCUGAGACGAGGAUACUGAUGCAAGGGGCUAACCUUAAGAAAGAUGGUGGGUGCAGCUGGUUGCAAUUAAGAGGACAAUAUCAUGCCUUCUUUUCAUGGAAAGGGAAGCAUCCUUUGUCAUUGGAAAUUUCUGAGAUAUUGGAUUUGCUGAUGUGGGAACUUACUACUUGA